AGUGAGGUAAAGACAGACAGGCGGAUAGCGAUAGAGAGAAAUUAAAGGGGAUGCUGUUGCCAGGGAACAGAAGUGCUGGAGAUCCGUCUUAGAUGGAUAAAAACCCACAAGGAAUUUUAUAUGUAGGGAUAAAUUAAUACACAAAGACCACCAUUGAUCACCUUGCAAAAACAGUACCGGAAUAUAUACUGUAUAUAAAGAGAGAGAAGAAGGGGCAGCUGAGACCUCGUUACCAAAUGAGAGAACGGAGGGCUACGAGGAAUAAUGAUUGAAGAGAGUGGCUGAAGACAAGGGACUGACCAGGCAUUUUGGGUGUAGCUGCGGCGAGGAAUUGAUUUUUACGGGGAGCAGGACAGCAGGGCUGUCAUCUUAAAAGAGCCCCCCGCCGCCUUGCGAGAGAGGGCUCCGUGUCCCUGUCUUUCCUGCGCUCCCACCCACACGACAGGGGGGCUCGGGUCCUGCUGUAUCUGUCUGCAGAAGCGAGCAGCCGCCGCCUCGCCCCGCGCCUGCCCCGCACUCCAGCGCGGACCGAGGCACCUGGACAGCGGCGGCAUGCACCGCCUCUGGCUCCGGGCACCAGCAGCUGCCUCUGGCCCACACUGAGACCGGAACAGAGGACAGGGGUUGGGGAAAAAAGGCUCUAGAGAGGAAAACCACGCAAUAACGCAGCAGGAGACGGGCAUCCUUCCCCAGAUCUGUGGCACCUGCCCCACGCCAGCCCCUUACAACCCCAGAGCAAUGGGCACCACGGAGGCCACCCUGCGGAUGGAGCACAUGGAGGUGAAGGACGAGUGGCAGGACGAGGACUUCCCCAGGCCCCUCCCCGAGGACGGAGACAUGGAGUCCUCCUGCAGCCUCACGGACAACAGGAACUCUCCUCCCAACUCCCUGAACGUGGGUGGGGGUGGAGGGGGGAGUUCGGCUCAUCGGAAGCGGAGAACCCUGGUGGCCCCCGAGAUGAACCUGUCCCUUGACCAGAGCGAGGGCUCUCUGCUCUCCGACGACUUCCUGGACACCCCCGAUGACCUGGACAUCAACGUGGAUGACAUAGAGACACCCGACGAGACCGACUCCCUGGAGUUCAUCACCAACGGCAACGAGCUGGAGUGGGAAGAUGACACUCCGGUCGCCUCAGCCAAGGCUCCGCCCAGUGAGGGGGCGGGGCUGCCCGGAGAGGAAGGGGAGGGGUCAGCGUCUAAUGGGCGGCUGUGGAGGACAGUGAUCAUCGGGGAGCAGGAGCACCGUAUCGACAUGCAAGUCAUCAGGCCCUACCUGCGUGUCAUCACCCACGGGGGUUACUACGGAGAAGGCCUGAAUGCCAUCAUCGUGUUUGCAGCCUGCUACCUCCCAGACAGCAACUGCGCAGAUUACCACUACAUCAUGGAGAACCUCUUCCUGUAUGUGAUCAGCAGCCUGGAGCUCCUGGUGGCAGAGGAUUACAUGAUCAUCUACCUGAACGGAGCCACCCCUCGGAGGAGGAUGCCUGGAAUUGUCUGGCUCAAGAAGUGCUACCAGAUGAUCGACAGAAGGCUGAGGAAGAACCUGAAGUCUCUGAUCAUCGCUCACCCUUCCUGGUUCAUCCGCACUGUGCUGGCCAUCUCCAGGCCCUUCAUCAGCGUGAAGUUCAUGAACAAGAUCCGCUACGUGCACAGCCUGGAGGAGCUCGAGCAGAUCAUUCCGAUGGAGCACGUGCAGAUCCCGGAGUGCCUGCUACAGUAUGAAGAGGAGAGAAUUAAGGUCCGGAAAGAGAGGAUGGAACAGGAACAGCAGCAGCGGGAUCCGCCGCCGCCGCCGCCACAGCAGCAGGGAGAGAAAGAAAGGCCGACGUCGACAGCUGAAGAGCCAGGAGGACUGUGAGAAGCAUCAGACCACCGUGCACCUGAGAGAAAGGAUCCAGAAGAAGGAAGCAGGCGGAGAUCGGGUGGUGCUUACGGGCUGAGUGGAUGUUCGGCGCUACAAAAAAAAAAGCAAGACGCGUCCUUUCUUUCAUUUCACUUGUAAAACACGACCUGCGAGCCCCCAAUUCCCAGGCCCCCUCCGCGCCUGUCCGUCCCGACGCCACGCAGGACCUGUUUCUGGUGGGAGUCUCACCCGCGUUGCCAUUCCAGUGACGCCAGCGGCCGCGGCGUGCCCCCGGACAGGGCUGCUGGGUCUGCCUGAAGACCAGCCCUGCACGGAUAUCUUCCACUUCCCACCCCCGAGGCAGCAGGAAAGUCGCUGUUUUGCAAGCGCUUUGGAAAAUUGACAUCUCUCCCGCCUGCGUGCACGUACCUUCACACUAGUAGCCCGCAUCAGUAUCCUCACAAAAUGCGACACAAAAUGCUUCGACCUUUUUUUAAAAAAAAAAUGCUAUGCAGGUUAUUGCCUGUUCAGCGCGGGGGAGGGGGGGCGACUUUUUUCAUUUUACUGCAGGUCGUUAGUCUCCUCAGAUGUGGCGAUGUCGCUUUUGCAAGGGGCGGCUGAGGAGUUUCGAAGGAUAUGAACCUGACCCAUUUCUCCAGCUCUUCAAAAGACUCGAUUUCUUCCCGCAGACCGUAGAUUAACCUGCCCGGCAUGAGAAACAGGCCGCACGGUGCCCCCCAGGGCCACAGCGCCCCCUCCCGGUCAAGCACUGCCAAGACAACGUGGGUCGGCGCUGUCCUGGCUGGCGGCUCACUGGAAUCCGAUUUUGCGCCUUGGGUUUGCACCUGAAAUGUUUGACAUGACUACAUCUUACACACAAAGACAACCCGUCCUGAUUACAUUUUCCGUGCAUACGAAAAGCACCUUACUUUUAGUGACAUAGUGUUAUUUAACGAAGAAUGACGUGGUUCGUAGUGACAGUCGUUUUUGGUGUGAUAUAUCGAUCUAGUAUUUAUAGUCCGCUAUUAUAUUUAUAGCUCCUAUAAUUCUGUAGGGGUUUUUGUAGUGUCUUAUGUAUGAAUCAAUACGAUUGAGAAUGAAGCACUCGUAUUGAAAUAAAUCCUGAUCAUUACCCUGUAGAUAAUGUGGCUGACGGGUUCCACUUGUACAGUAUGUCAGUUCUUAGUGUCUAGAUGUGUUGAUGGGAAAUGUUGUCCCCCUAGUUUUCUGCCUACUUAUUCGUUUCUGUAAAUACUGAUCAGAAGCAAAUACUUUGACAGCCGUGGGAAUAAGGCGCCACCUCGCGGGAGAGUCUGGUUUAUCUCACUUGUACAAAUUACACAUCUGGUGAGUUGCACUCUGUAAGAAAUUGUCCAAACCCGUAGUUCGUGUACUUGUGUUCAUGAGCAUACAAGUAGACGGCAAAAAAAAAUGAAAAAAGGAUGGAUUCUUUUUUCUGUUUUUUCUUCUUCCAUAAAUGAUACGAGAUGGGUAAAUGAAUGGUUUCAAAC